AUGAAGUUAGUGCGCGAGACCGCCGAGGACAUCGUCACUAGCCAUGAGCGUAGCUGCUGCGGCAGCAAAGAUCAGAAAGUUUCCAAGGAUGAAGACAUGCUCAGUUUGCUCAUGAAAUCAAGCCACUUUUCGCACAAGGACCUCGUGGAGCAAACGGUCCAUUUUUUCGCGGCUGGAACCGAGACAGUUGCAGCGACUGCCUGCUGGGCGAUUCAUCUGCUUUCGCGCCAUGUGGAUGUGCAAACACGCCUCCGUGACGAAAUCAGAAAGAACAUCGCAUCUCCUUACAGCGCAUCCGAAGAUUCUGUCAGCAGUUUGCAGUUCCACAAUCUGGAAUAUCUGAACGCUGUAGUCCAAGAGAUUCUUCGUUUCCAUUCGAUCAACACGUUGCUGUGGCGAGAAUGCAUCGAGCCAGCCACCAUAGCCGGAGUGUCGAUCCCCAAGGGAACAGCGGUCGUAUUCUCCCCAUGGGUUCUUAAUCGUGACCCUGUGUAUUGGGGUCCAGAAUCUCGUUCCUUUUCGCCAGAGAGGUGGCUUAAUAGUUCUAAUGGGGGCGCUAGCAAUACAUAUUCAUUCCUCACCUUCGGCGGUGGUCCGCGUCGAUGUGUUGGGGAACAGUAUGCUAGGGAUGAGCUGCUCUGCUUGGUUGCUGGUCUUAUUGGGCGCUAUGAAUUCACUCCUCUUGAUCCCGAGAGUGGCUCUGAUGAUGGUAAAGAGAUUGGAGAUGACUUUGCCUUGACAUUGUUCAAGAUCCUUGAAAAUUGGGAACUUAAUUUUCAAAAGGUUCCUGGUUGGUAG